AUGCUUCUCUCUCUUGUGCCCCAGUUCUUGGCUCUAACUGUCCUGGGUCUGCUUUUGUUCCGUGUGAUUCGUCACUUCUGGGACCCAAAAGGCCUCCGACAGCAUCCCGCACCUUCAAUAGCUGGUUUCAGCUCCUUAUGGCGCAUUUACCAGAAUCUCCGAUGGAAUCACUACGCAGCGGUUCACGAAGCUCAUCGACAACUGGGAACCCACGUACGCAUCGCCCCCAAUCACAUUUCUAUUCUGGACCCGAUGGCACCCCAGCAAAUCUACGGUCACGGCGCCAAUAUGCUCAAAGACAUUUGGUACGAUGCAGCUGCGGGACCUCACCGGAACCUCUCCGACGCGCGCGACAAGGCCGAGCAUCAGGCAAAACGAAAGAUGUUCGCGCAUACGUUCGCGGCGAAGACAGUGGUCGGGUUUGAGCCCCAGCUGCGUGAGAACAUUUCGAUGUUGUUGAAUGUGUUAGAUCGUCACGAGGCAGAGGGCACGAAGGCCAAUAUGCGGCGACUUCUGAAUUAUUUCCUGGUCGACCUCUUCGGUCAACUUCUCUACGGACACAAGCUUGGGUGCUUGGAACGUAACGACGACCUUCUUGUGGCUGAGUCGAAAGAUGGUCGGAUCUACCGCGUCCCAUUUAUUCAGAGUUUGCUCGAUUCCACAGUGAUAAACAAUGUGCUUGCUAUCACUGCGCACUACGCGGACGUCUCGCGUUUGUUUGUGAAGAACCACCCGUACAAGAAGGCUGGGGCUGAUUGGGAAAAUAUUAUAUACCACAACACAAAAAAGCGCCUCGCAAGCACAGCGCCUGCAAAUGACCUAUUUCAAUGCUUGCUACAAGAUAGUAAAGGUCAAGAUCUCAACUUGUCUUUUGGCGAAAUCAUGGCUGAGUGCUCGGUCAUGAUGAAUGCCGGAACUGAAACCAGCACUGCCGCUAUGACAAGCACGAUUUUCCUUUUGUACACGCACCCCAGAGUGCUCCAAAAGCUUCGCGAGGAGAUCAAUGCCGACUCCGAGAACGAGAUCCCUACCUACGAAGUGGUGUCCAAAAUGCCGUAUCUACGAGCUUGCAUCGAAGAGGCCCUCCGUUUGCGUCCGCCGAGCUCUUUUGGCCUGCCUCGAAUUGUUCCGAAAGGAGGUAGGGCUAUUGCGAACAAGUUUAUUCCCGAAGGUGUUACAGUAUCUGUGCCCACUUACUCAAUACUUCGAGAUGAGUUGGUAUUUAAGAACGCGUCUGAGUACAACCCUGACCGCUGGUUGACGGAGGACUCGGAAGAGAAAAAGAAGAUGAUGAAUAGCCAUAUCCCAUUCAGCACGGGUCCACGAGCCUGUAUUGGCCGUAACAUCUCUUACUUUGAGCAAGCUGUGGUGAUCGCUACCAUUGUUAAAUUAUAUGAUGGCGAUAUCGAAGACGGUUUCCAGCUGGAAACCCAAGAAAGGUUCAACUCGAAUCCAGGGGAUUUACCUAUGAGGAUGAGACGUCGGCGCGUCUGA